AUGCUGGUUGAGACAUCUGCAGAGGAACAUCUCGCACGCCGCAGGGAACAAAACCGUAUCGCCCAACAAAAACACCGUAACCGAAAAAAGGAAGGCAGAGAGAAAGCCCAAUCUCGUGGCAAGAAAAAAGCUCCCACAAAGCAGCGCACGACACUUCAGAAAUUAAAUCGGACGGCGCCCACGCAGCAGUGCCAGUAUGAAACGGCAUUAGCAGGUGAGAGCGAUUACUCAACGCCCGUGCAGAGCCACGGUGACAUCGCUGGGCAACAGGUUUCAAAUACAUCGCUGAGCCCCCGAUGGAGCCCACCAACAAUGGUUGUGUACACUAGUCCGUUCGAAAAGGGCUACAAGCUAAUGAAUGAGGGGCUUGCCUGCGAAUGUACGGAGACGGCGGGUACACAGAAAGAUGAGGGUAAGCAAGGGAAGGAAAAGGUCGAAUGUGUCAACAGGGACGAGUAAUUAGCCAUGCUCGGUGCCAUGAGUUUGGCAACGCCUUGAGAAUGCAAGCAACGGGUGCGGGUAUCGGGCUGUAUGGAAGUCAUUGGAGCAGCAUGUGUGAUAUUAUGGCAAAUCACUAGAUUUACCCGAUAGGGACUGGUACCUUGUCAACCUACUGUACUCAGGCUCCCGCAAGAUUCUCUCUCUACCAAUCAAG